AUGACCGAGCAAUUAAAUCAGUUUGAUUUAUUUUUUAUAACUAAAGAAAAUGUUAAUAUGUCAUCAUAUAAAAUAGAUAACUCUACAGGCUUACCUAUAUUAUAUCUUCAGGAUCAUAAGAAAGCUAUGUGGAAUAAGUUUUAUGAGAAAUAUCCUAAUGGUAUGCAAUUCAUAACCUUUAUAACUCAAUUGGAAGGAAGUAGGUUUGUGUAUAAGGAAAAUCUUGGUGGUCUUUAUACUAUGUGUAAUGAGCUUGGUUAUGAGGUUUUUGAGAAUAUCGAAUCUCUUAUAAAUACUCAAAUCAAAAAUAAUGAGUUGAAGAUAACUCAUGCUAUUAAGAGAUAUGUUAAGUUUGACCACAAUAUUGAUUCUGGUGAAGAUAUUGAAAGGGCAAUAAAGGAUAUAGCAGGAACACAUGUUGCUUACCUAGAACCAAAUAGAAAUCACUCAUGGAAAAAAUUCAUACCUGCAAAUAUACAAAAAAUUAUGAAAAAGCAUAUUAUUAAAAAACCUGAACCUAGCAUUACUACACAUAGUCAUCUGAGCAAAUCAUGGACUACACCAAUGCCAAAAAUUCAAGGUCAUAAAAAUUUAUUAUUUGGGUAUUAUGAGAUUAGAUUGAUCGAUAUCAGCUUGCAUAAAGCUGAUGUUGAAGUUAAAGAAUUAGAAGUAGAUUUUAAGAAGAAUUAUAGGUGA